CUUUUCGCAGGAAAACAACAAACUUGGAAACUCGUAUGUUUAAUCUGGUAGGCGUGAUUUCAAUGUAAGAUGUUCUUACUAGUCGAAGAUAAUAGGUGAUACAGUACUUGGUACGUUUAGAAUUCAUUGGUGAAAAGAAAAGAAAAAAAAACUGUAAACUGUAUUUCGGUGAGCCAGUGCGUAGUGCGAUCACGAAUCGCGUAAUGCGAUCGAAAUUUACGUGAAUGGAAUGCAUUGCUGUCAUGUAGUACGUACAAUGACGUAUAGACGUCAAGAGAAUACAAAGUACUUAUUUUUUUUUCACUGUUAUCAUGGGUUCCAGAUUGAGGGACAAUGUGCAACAUCUUUUUGAGUGCUUCUGUGAGGUGGCUGCACCACUGGCAGAGAAACCACCUUGGAUAUUGCAGAAGUACCCAACUUCUUUUUCAGAUGAGGAAAUACUUAAAUCUGUCCCUAAAUUUGCCUAUCCAUGCGAAAUUGAGAAUUUGAUGGUGCAGCACUUUUCGUUUGUACUCACUAGCAUAGAUUCGAAAUGGACGUUUGGAUUUUGUAGACAUGAUCCCAAGACAGACACAGCUUUAGUAAUAUUGAGUGCGCUACCAUGGCACGAAAUAUUUUACAAGCUUCUAAAUAACAUUGCGACUUUAAUGAGCAAUGGCACUGGAGAAGACCUUUGGAAAUUUCUUGAGACUGUAUAUAAGAGCCCGGUUCCCAUUCCUGGUAGUUCUAUUUCUAUUCCUGUACCAAAUUCUAAAGUGAAUUUCGUUUGCCAAAGUCCAAAACAAUUUCAAUUGCCAAGUAUACCUGAAAAUAGAAACUUGACCGAAUAUUACAGUGCCGUCGAUGCUCACAAUAUGAUGAUCAUAUUCGCUUCUAUGCUGUACGAACGUCGAAUUAUCUUCACUUCGAAACGCCUCUCGAGAUUAAGUGCUUGUGUUCAAGCAUGUAACGCUUUAAUUUAUCCUAUGAUUUGGCAACAUAUAUACAUCCCAGUUCUACCACUGUCUUUAAUUGAUUAUUUGUUGGCCCCGAUGCCAUUUUUAAUUGGUGUACCUACGCCAACCCUUCAGAGAGUACGUAAAAGCGAUUUAGGAGAAGUAGUUAUAUUGGAUGCCGACGUAAACACCAUAGAGUCUCCGUUCCAAGACUUGGAGUCUUUACCUCAGGAUGUAGUGACAAACUUGAAAAAGGCAUUGCGCAACAGAUCCGCCCUACUCGGAGACGGUGUGUCAAGGGCAUUUUUGCGAGCGUUGGUGCAAUUAACAGCUGGCUACAGGGACGCAUUAACGCUAGAGCAAGGACAGAGUAUUACGUUUAAUCAGAAUGCAUUUGUGGAAAGCAGACCAUCGUCAAUGCAACCCUUUUUGCGAAAAAUGUUGGAAUUACAGAUAUUUCAACAAUUCAUAGAAGAAAGACUGAAUAUGCUUAAUUCAGGGCUUGGGUUUUCUGACGAAUUUGAAAUGGAGGCCUGCAGCUAUUCUGCUAAAUCUGGUAGCAAAUUUAUGCAACAGUAUCGCGAAUGGACGUACGCCAUGCGAAAAGAAAGUUCUGCGUUUUUCCGCAGUGUGAAAGACAAGGCCAAUCCAGCUGUAAAAUAUGCAGUUAAAUCAGUAAAAGAUAAAGGAAAGGAUAUGAAAACGGCAUACAAAGGAUUGAAAUGGAAAGGCCGAUCAAAUAGAAACGAUACAAGCAUGAGGUUUCAUCAACCAAGAUCAGCGCCUAGUUCACCAACAUCGGAUAGGAGGCCUAUCGAUUUUACAUCUCCACCAAAAUCGCCAAAUGGUUUCACAGCCACCACUAGUUAUAGAAAAGAUCUUCGAUUACGUAACAGUAAUUUCACUGAUCCGAGUAGGAAACAAUAUUCGCCAUUAAGUCCUAGUUCCCCGGAAGAAUCUGAUUCCCCACCAGAAAGAGUGAAUAUCGAUCUAAUGCAAGAACUCCGUCAUGUGAUAUUUCCAAAUAGCCCGCCUGUUGAUAGAACAUUGAAACCAGUGCGCAGUUUAGACAGCUUGAGACCUGCAUGGAGUGGGCAUAUACGGCACGGCCCUCCACCUAGUACAAUUGUCACAAACCAAACUGUCACUCCUUCCGUAGAAACUACAUCCUGCACUCCGCAUUCCACCACGUUGAUCAAUUCGGUCACUCAGUCGAGCAUCACGCCAAAUACAAAUGACACGUCAAGCUCUCAAAUUAGCGCAAAUAAUAGAACGUUUCCGUUUGACGCUUUGGACUCGAAACAGCCAAAUAAAACAGGAGAGGAUAGAUCGUCGCUUCUGCCCAUUUCACAGAGAAGCAACGAUAACGUUCAGUCGAGCAAUUUCUUACACGAGAUUCAGACAGCUGAAUUUACAAAAUACAAUGCUUCGUCGUACUCCCAGAAAGCUGGCGUGAAACAAUGUACAAGCGAUAUUGAAAAUUCUGCGAGAAGCACGACGUUUUACAGCGACGAUACUUUCCCAAGUCACGAUUCUGAUCUUUAUCCGAAAGAGAACGACCCCUUCGACACUAGCAAAGUAUUUAUGCCUCCCUAUUUGCAACCACCGAUCUUUCAACCUACAAAUGCAUCGUUGUCUGUUAAUUGUCACGUUCCAUCCCAUGUAUACAAUAGUACAUCUUGUCCUGCGUACUCGAAGGAGUCUCCCGAAGUGCCAGAUUUAAUUAGAUUAGAUUCGACAACGAGCAGCGACGACUUCGACCCGCUACUUUCUAAAUCGUCCGAAUGUUCUAAACAAAUGACUCAAUCGUUGAAUAUACCUGAAAUGAGCGAAGGUCUUAGUAAUCCUUUGUACCCCUACUUUCAACCAUUGCACAAAAGUAACGAUAAGCAACAGAGAUCUUCCGACAGUGCCGGCGAUUUGGAUUUGCUGCAGGCCUACGGUUUGGAUUUCAAUAAGUUCAACAUAAGCAACGGCGGCUCGCCAUCGAAAAAUUCCACGGUGUGCAACACAUCCGAAAGCAGUAUUAAUAUCGGUAGUACGUUCAGCUUAGGGUUAAACACGCCUGCCAUUAAAUCGCAAAACAAUUGGACAAAAUUCGAAUAGGAAGUAAACUCAAUUAUUAAUCACAUAUCACAAUUGUAUAUACGAUGUUAAUACUGUUUUCUUGUUUUGUUAUUCAUGUCAAUAUAAAUAUCAUGAAACAUGCCUACAAAAAUCAUAGCUACGAAUAGGGAUUUUGACAGUAAAAUGAUCGUAGAUUUCGAUGAUUUGUAAUACUAACCAUUAGUAAAUACGGAAUACAAUGAAUUUGGUUUUGUAGCACAAACGUAGUGAUAAAUAUGCUCUUAUACAUUUUUUAUAUUGAGAAGUGACAAAAUAAGAUUUACAAUAUUCACGAAUUUGAUUUUGUGCAAUUUCUAAGUCAUUAGCUCUUCAGAUUUAUUUGUAAAUUCAUGUACGAAAGUUUGUUUCAAUCGAUAUAUAUAUAUAUAUAUUUAAUUGAAAUUUAAGCUACAUUUUAGAAUAUUUCAUAUUAUUGAGAUGAAUUUACGACAUUUAUAUACACUAAUGUAAUAAUAAUCAUUACAAAAUUGUAGUAAAAUGAUAUUUACAAAAUAGUGGAUACAAUUCGUAUUAGUUCAUCAAACUUUCUUUCAAACAUGAUCGUCAAAAUAAGUAAAUUAAUAGUAUUUUUUCAUAAUUGAUUUAUAAUAGGAAUCGAUCGGAACAAAUUAAGUACUUUUAUUGAAAUUAGUAGUUGGUUCUUGUUAGAUUUUAAAUAUAUUAAAUUUAAUAGUUGUUGCAUUUAUUGGCAAUGCUUUAUAAUAAAUUAAUACGAAAAGUAA